ACCAACUGAAUAAUUUUGAUCAAAAUUAAAUAACGUCUAAAUAGAAUUCUUUUAUUUAAAAUGAUUCCUUUCCCGCGCUGAAACCGAGUAUUUUAAUUCUCACGGGCGAAAGAACUACAGUAAGUAAAGUUUUCAAUAAAUAAAAAUAACAUCCACUCGACGGAAGUAUAACAGUGCAUAGUGUUAGUUACAUUCUAUCCACGUGUUAUAAUUCACGAUAUUUUCUAUAAAUUGUUUAGUGCAACAUUUUUCCAUUCGAAAAUUAUCGAGUAAAAAUAUAAAAAUUGAAUUGUUGGAUAGUUCUUGAAUUUUUGUCGAAAAGACUUAAUAUUAAUAAAUUGUUGAAAUCAUUGUAAUCAUCUUCAAAUAACCCUCAGAACUAAGAAAUUUCUACACUGAAAAAACUCUUCAGUAAAAUCUAACCGUAUUCUGGUUAUUUUUUAGUGAUUUCAUUGAUAAAUCGGACUCCGAAGUGACAUAAGAUUAAAUAUACCAAAAAAUAGUGUAAAAAAUUGAAAAAUCAAAAAUUUAUAAUUCAGGAUUGAAUAAAGCAAUUUUUAGUGGUCACUAUAGUGAAUAACAACUCUCACUCUUUAAUUAUUACAAUAAUUAAAAAAAAUCGUAAUUGUAAAGAAUGGAUUUUAGAAUUCCCUUAGAGAAAACGAGAAUUAUGAAGGGUUUGGACGCAGAUAAACAUAAUAUGGAUGCUGCAAUUGAUAAAUAUCGUUUAGCAGUCCGUCAAGCUAUUUCAAAUCAUCAAAUCGGAUGUAAUAGCUCAUUUUUUGAAGAUAAAAUAAUUAACAAUGAACCUGUAGAAACGACUGGACCUUUUGCUGGAUACACAGCAUUGCAUAUAGCUUGUAUGGAUGGAGAUGAGGACUUUAUAAAAUUAUUAGUUGAAGACUAUCAUGCAAAUGUAAAUGCUGUUGCUGACGAUGGAGCUCAACCUAUUCACUUUGCGUGUUUAUUCGAACCUGAGCUGCCUGAUAAAUUUAUAGAUAUUUUGUUAGGAGCUGGUGCCAACGUUGAUGCUGAAAUAGAAGAAAAACUUUUUACAACAUACAUUAAAAGUGACUGGUGGCUCAACGAUUUUGGGAAUAAGAUGAAUUUAUUAACUUUUUCGAUCCUAUAUCGUAAUAAUGAUUGGUUUGUGAUAUCAUUAAUCAAAGGCAAAGCAAAUUUGAAAGUUAAGAGUCUGAAAAAUAAAACACUGUUGAUGUAUGCCAUUGAGAAUCAGAAUGAAACAAUCGUAUCUUCGCUUGUAAAAGAAGUACAUGAUUAUGAAUGGAUAAACGCCCGUGACAGUGAUGGUUAUUCUGCUAUCCACUAUAUAUUACUUCGAAAAAAUUUAAGAAGUGAUCUAUUUGAUAGAUUAUCUAAGAAUUACUACAAAUUGUUGGAAAAAGACGAUGAUUUAAGUACUGCUGAAUUGGUUCACGAAUUACUUGAUGCCGGUGCUGAUGUUAACGCAAGCAUAAAUGAUGAUCCAAAUACUUUAUUACUCAAUAUUGCGGCUCGCAAGCAUUUUCCACAUACACUGAAUAAAUUGUUGGCUUAUCAUGACAAUACUUCAAAAGCAACGCCUUUGCAUUACAUAUUAUAUCCACUUGAAAUUUCACAGAUACAAUUCAUUAUUGGUACAAAAAGAAGAAGUAUCUACUUAGUUAUGAAAGACCUUAUUUAUAGACGUACGUUUGGUUUAUUCGUUCCUGAAGGUGAAAAAAUAUUGAUGGACAUGUUAAUUGCUGAAAACAUAAAUUUCAGGAAGCUAGCACACACCUACGAACAAAAUAUUAUUCAAGGAGAGUUAAAAACAAAAGUGCUUAAUUAUGAUGAUAAAAGUAUAACGUGUUAUGACUUUAUAAUGUCAUGCUUUGAUGAUAAACAAUUACGUUUGAUAGUGAAAAAUAAAUCCUUAAUAGACGCGUUCGAAAAAGCCUUCCCGAUUUCUACUAAUCUUGCUUCUUUUUUUAUGGAAUCUUUUGAUAACCCUGAUGUUCGUCCUUAUUCUAUUGAAGCUUUUUAUACUGCUGAUAAUUUUUUUUUCCGAAAACAAAUUUCGAAUAGAAUAGAACAAUUUUUAAGAAGACUUGAGCAGUUAGAAGCAUUAAAAAGAGUAAAAAAUCUCCGUAAAGCUAUCUCUUUGCCAUAUGAAUUGGUAAUAAUAAUAGUUGAAUAUUUGAAUUAUCAUGACUUAAAAAAUUUUAUUCAGGCUUUUUAUUUAUAAUACCCAAACAAUUUCUAAUACUUAACCAUUAUUUCAAAUCGUAUUCGCCGUCAUUGGAUUUUAAAUUACUGUAAAUCAUUCCGGCCAGUACUGAAGAACAGUCAUACUAGUACGAGUUCAACUACUCAGAUAUAAUCCGAAAUAAA